CUUAGCUAUGCCCAGAUCAUGAGCCAGCAGGUCUGUGUGAGACUGGUGAGUACUGCCUGGUUCUUUGGGCUGAUCAAUGGCAUCCUGCCUGAGUGUAUGUCAUUCUGGAAUCCCUUCUGCAGAGACAACCAUGUAGAAAACUUCUGUGAGGCCCCCAUAGUGAUCACCCUCUCUUGUGGAGACCCCCAGUUUAGUCUGAGAGUGAUCUUUGCUGAUGCCAUUGUGGUGCUGCUCAGCCCCAUGGUGCUCAUUGCCAUCUCCUAUGCCCGCAUCCUGGCCUCCAUCCUGGGCAGGGCCUCCUCCUCAGGUCGGGGAAAGACUUUCUCUACUUGUGCCUCCCAUCUGACUGUGGUCAUCUUUUUCUAUACCUCAGCCAUGUUCUCUUACAUGAACCCCCGCAGCACACACGGUCCUGACAAAGACAAGCCUCUCUCCCUCCUCUACACCGUCAUCACCCCCAUGUGCAACCCCAUCAUCUACAGUUUUCGAAAUAAAGAAAUGAAAGGGGCCAUGGUGAGGGCCCUUGGGAGGACCAGUCUUUCCCAGGCAGAGUCUGUCUAGUGGGAAGACUGCUGGAGGGGCAGCCUCUUCCUCCAGCCCUGACAGUUGGGUAAGUCUCUAAUGCUGAAAGGCUCCAGGAAAGAGCAUUCAGAGCUUCCUUUGUACAAGCAUCAGACCCGGAAGAUCCUACUGAUGUCUGAUGCUCAUCUGUCUGACUUGACUUUAAACGCUGUUUUCUCUUGGACCUUCCUCAGGAGAAGCCGAGACUUUCCUGAGUAAUUUUCUUCUAUGUUCUCACAACAGGAUCUAUAAACACAUAAGUUCACUUAACUCCAUUUCAUUUUCUUUGUAUAGUACUUUUACAUGCUAGUCCCAGCCUGAGUUCCACAUAUACUAAAUAUACUAAAAAGGAGUAAACUUUUUUCUCUUUCAACUUAUCGUUUUAAUCCAAUUUUCUUUCUCAUACUCCACUCUCAUGUCCUGAAUCUGCCCUCAUCCACGCUCCUCCUAUAUGAGAAACAGAAGGGGAAGAGUAAGCAAAAGGGAUUUAGGGAGCAGUGUUGACAUUAAGAAAAGGCAGUUAGAGAAAAGAAGAGAAAGAAAAACUAAGGAUCAGCAGCCUGAACUUCAUCUUCUUAGCCUCCACUAGCCCAUGAGGGAGACUUUGUGGUGGCAUUAAACUACCAACAUACCAAUUUA